CCCGCCACAUAUAUUAGAAUGCCGGCCCUCGACGGCUACGACCUCCGCAACGGCGAGCAGCAGGGCCCGACCUUCCUCACCAUCCCCGUCCCGCCGCACGCCGCGGCGCCGCCGCCGCCGCCCCCGUGCGCCGCAUCCCCGCCCAGCCCCGUCCCGCGGCUCACCUUCCGCCACCUCUCGCCCUGCGCGCGCUGGCACGACUGGGCCAGGUCCGCCCUCGCCGACCCCGGCUUCGCGCCCGUCCUCCGCGCCGCGGGCGUCCACGACGCCGUCGCCGCCUCCACCGCCGCCGUCGCGCCCGACCGCCACGCCCUCUCCGCGCUGCUCUCGCUCUGGCACCCGGGCUCCCACGCCUUCCGCCUCCCCGCCGGCCCCGCCACCUUCUCCCUCGAGGACGCGCUGCUCCUCGCCGGCCUGGCCCCCUCCGGCGCCCCGCUCGACCGGCCCCUCACCCCGACCGAGCAGGACAUCCGCGCCCGCCUCGUCGUCGAGAAGGAGAAGAUCCGGGCGCUCCACCCGUGCGCCCGCAAGGCCCGCCGCGUCUCCGCCGAGGUCUGGCUCGAGUGGUUCGAGAGCAGGAUCCGCCCCGGCGAGGACGACGAGCUGCGCCGGCUCGGCUUCCUCGCCUACUGGCUCGCCUUCUUCGUCGCCCCGCGCCUGCGGUCCAAGGGCGCCGAGCUGCCGGAGCGCGUCUUCGCGCUCGCCGCGCGGAUCAGCCUCGGGGAGCGCGUCGCGCUCGGGCCGGCGGUGGUGGCCAAUCUCUACGCCGAGAUGGACAGGAUUGUCACCUCCGGGGUGGAAGAGGGGGCGAGUGGCCGCGUCGACGUCUGGGCGCCGCUCUGGCUGCUGCAGGUCUGGCUGUGGGAGCGCUAUGACCGCCUGCAGCCGCCGGAGCUGAAAGCGCCGGAGUUCCCUCUCUCCAAUGUCCGGGCGCUCUAUUGGUCUCGGAGGAGGAGGAAGACCACAGAAGAGGAUGCUUUGCGUGUUCUGCAGCAAGAGGAUUGUUUUGAGUGGAGGCCUUACCUGCGCAAUUCGCUCGACUGGACUGAACCCGAGUGGUUCAGCAAGGAAACUCUCUUGGUGAGCUCCAGAGGUAAGGAUGAGCCAGAGUGGUUGGAGGAUUACAUUGCGAUUACGAGGCAAGCCGUGUUGACUGGAUCGUAUGGCGAUGAUAUGGAUAGUUCGGCAAUGUACAAUCCCCACAUUGUCGCGAGGCAGCUCGGUUAUGAUCAGGAUGUGCCUUUUCCUCUUGUACAUGGGUUUGAUUCCAAGGGGAUCAAGGUGUGGGUACCUGGUAUCUGUAGACGCGGCGUUGCUAGCAAGGAAUAUGUUGCGUGGUUGAAUGGCGAGUUCGUGACGCACCAGGAAGCUGACCGGUGUGUUAGGCCAGUCGACGAAAACGGUGCUGGCUCAUCUCCACUGAAUGCAGAUACAGCAGCUGAUAAAUCUGGAGCAAGUACCAAGCAAGAUAACAGAAAGUGCAUCAGAGAAGGGAAGCAGCUAGCUCAGGAGGAGCUGAUUGUCCUAGACCGUAGUAGUCCAUGUGAUAUGGACUCCAGUGCAACCGCGGUGAAAAGAAAGAAUGGGAACAGAAAAAGACGAGAUGAACUCUCUGAAAAUGGUGAUAUGCACAAGAAAAGUAAGGUACUUACCAGCGAGUGCCAUGAAGGUCUCCAGCAAUAUGACGACGGACCUUCCCUUGCCAGUUAUCCUGAGAAGAAUUCCUUGCAAUUUGACGGCCAGAAGUACCAUGGUCUCCAAAGAGAUCCUAAUUGUUACAUUAAUAGAUGUGAUGAGCUGCCACAGCCUGAGAGUGACGAUGAAUGCAUUGUUCUUGAACCAACAUGUGAAGUGAUAGACCUCGAGGAUGAUCAGGAAGACGAGGACAGGCAACUUGUCCUGGUGCUACAAGAGUUUGUGCGCUGUGGGCUUUUCUCACAACGGGAGGAAAGCUCUGAUGAAGAUGAAGAUGAAGGAGGUGAAGGAAAGAAAGAGACGCCGAAGAAGAGCAAUAUUGACCCUUAUGCUGAAGCAGCCAUGAGGGAGUACCCUCGGUUCUUUGAGUUCAUUCCCCAGAGACCACAUUACAGAGGGUUGGUGAACACCAGUGACACUAUACGAGAUCUGGCCUGUAGUGGACUGUGGUUCAUGUUGGUUGGCUUGGCUAGGGAAGUGCUCAAGACAUCCUGUGAUACAGAAGCUUUGGAGGUUGCAUAUUUGAUGAGAAAAGCUCGGCAACUGGAACAAAAUGGGUUCAAUGUCAAGCAUCUCAUUGCCCGUCUGAGGGAGCCACAGGCCCGGCUUAGAAGGCUUGAGGAUUCCAGGGCAAGGCUCGAGGAUGCCCGGUCCAAAGAGCAAGAACCAAAAGAUGUUAAGUCACUCUCAAGCCAUCUGAGUAAUCUGAAACACAAUGUACUAACAAUGCAGAGGCACUUGGAGGGAAAAAAGCAAGCUCGUAGUGCAUCUGUGCGUGAUGAGUCGAGCGAAGGAAUCGAUCUAGCCAGCCUGGAGAAGGAAGUAGAAGCUGCAGAAAAAUACUGUCAGGCGAUGAAGGAUGAAGUGGCUGCGAUGAGACUGAAAUACGCUGAUCUUUGACACUUUUUUGGUCUGUAAAUAGUACUCUACUAAAUAGUAGUCGCUGGAUUCACAGAAUGCACCUGGUAGCUGAUCCGCUGAACCUGAGCCGGUUUUAGGCUUGAUGAUUGAGGUUCUAGUGGAACUUUGGAAAAGUGGCGUACCGUGAUCACAAGCCCUGUAACGUUGAAUUGGCUGAAACAUGUUUCUUUGUUUUUGGUCCUGUAACAGGGCAAUUGUGUUAAUGGAACUGAUAGUUUAUUA